AUGAAGGUUUCUGUUUCUCUGGCGGCGACAGCGGUUGCCGCUGCGGUGUCUGGAGCUGUCUGUACACCUGAAGCGAGCCCAAAGCUAUCCGGGGAGAAACUGGCGGAGUUGAUGCAGUUAAGUUUAAGUGAAAUAAAAAACAGAAUGGAAAUUAUUUUCUCUCUUGUAGACGCAAAUGGAGACGGGGUCAUCACCACAGAAGAGGCACAGGCCUGGAGCACACGCCUGAAGGAGGCUAUGCAUAAACACCAAGUUAAACAAGAAUUCAUUUCUAUCGAUAAAGACAACGACGGAAAAAUUACACUCGAAGAAUUAGAGGUCACGUACACUGACGGAAGCGACCCAGCCAGCCAGGAGGCACACAAGGAGGAUGUGAGAAAGAGGUUUGCCGCCGUUGACAAGGACAAGAGUGGAAGCCUCAGUCUCGAAGAGGUUACGAUUCUUAUGGACCCUGGAAAGGACGAAGUGCUGAUGCAGAUUGAGGUCGAUGAAAUCAUGGCAGCGCAAGACAAAGACAAAGACGGCAGCAUCUCCCUAGAAGAAUUCCUCCAGAACGAAGGUGGUACAUUGACGGACCCCGAGAAGGAAGAGUUAACGCGUGAGUUUUCUUCUUAUGAUAAAGAUGGAGACGGAAAGAUAGAUGAGGCGGAGCUGCGGGCUGUAAUAAAGGACCCCCACGCCCACGACCUGCAGCAGAUGAUGGAGUCUUUGGCAGCAGAGAUGGAGGAUGGUAAGAUAAGCAAGGACCAAUGGUCCACUAAGUUCGAGACCUUCUCUGUAUCUAUGCUCACUGACAACGGAGAACUGCUGAGAUUCCCAGAAGAGUAUGAAGGUAUUGAUCUACCCUUCAAGGGUAUAAGUUUAGGACCAGGAGAAGAGGAAGAUAUGCAGCACGAUGAACUAUGA